AUGAUUGUCCAUAAAUCCUCCGGCAGUUCAUCUGCAAGUGAAGUUGGCAAAGUAGUAUUGCCCAAUUUCAUCCCUUAUGGGCAUUCAUCCACGAAAUGGCUUUUGAAUACCUUCAGAAAUUCCGCAAACAAACGGCUGAUUGCAAUGGUAAAAGAACGACCUCAUAUGUUUCGACACACUUAUCAAAUAUUUGACAACCCCGCAGAGGUUAUGGCUGACCCAACAGAUACUAAGCACCUAUUCAAUGGUACGGCCAUAUUGUACCUAAUGCCGUUAAGUUUGGCGAUCUACAUGCGUUGCCGGAGCGCCGUCGAAAUUCUCCUCGAAUCCAAUUUAUGCAAUCCAAUGGAAUGCAGUUUUGCAUCUGAUGUUUACGUACAAGCACAGGGCCACCCUGGAGGAGACCUCUUGGAAUUACUGCCAGCAUGUAUUGCUGUUCGACGUCAGUUUUUGGAAGUUCUACCAGUAUUGUUCCGAGUUAUACCUCCCCCACGCUGUAUACCCUGUUCUCCGAGAAUUUCAUUCACUUUAAACUAUGUUAGCAAACGUGUGCAACGGAGUACCAUUUAUGAUGAUAUUUUUCAUUAUGUUACGGAAGUGGCCCAGUUUAAUCGUCAUAUUAAUGUGGUUCGGACUUUGGACAUUCUGAUCACUCGUUGUCCCGGGUUUUACGUACCCGGUCGACUCGAUGAAAAUCGGAAGUUACAAUCAUAUUCACUCUUUCGUCGGUUACUCCACACCGUCUUGUUCGUGGAUACGGAUAAUCGACUGUGUUUCCCUCUGAUUCAGUGUAUGGACCUUUUAGUACGGUACUCUCAUUUCCAACCGGAAUCUGUGAUCAGUAGUUCCCCGAAUGCACCGAACUCGGUGAUCACUUUCAACAAUGUGCGGGAUGUUUGGAUAAAUUUGACAGAUUGGACUAAGGACUGCUACAUCUGCGUGGCUUUGUUAUUCGAACUGUAUGCCUUACUUCUGGACAAAACAAAAUCCAAUGCUGUCGGGCAUGCGGGAAAUUUACUUUUCCGUGUUCUAAUCGAGACCAACUGUUUUGACUCGGUAAACGCAAUGAAUGUCGACGAACUGGCAAAGACACUGGAUUUUGUACUGAAACAUGAUUGUGUCGGUCGGGAACUUCAACAAAACCGUAAAUCGCUCAAUACACCGAAAAGUCGCGUUACUGUUGAAUGUGGAGAUUGUCGGAAUGACAGUUUGAAUUUGGUAAUGGAUAAACUAAAGGCGCGUUUUAAAUUGGCCCAACUGAGACGUAUGCAUAUUCUUUGUCUAGCACGUUCGAAUCGUUUGGCUCUAAAUGGCCAUCAAGCCCCCCGUCGUUUUAGUGUCACACGUUUUGAUCCGAGUGUUGCUGCCAGGAGUGCAGCUUAUGCUUUGCGGCACCAAUGGGUGAAUGACUUGUGCCGGUUUGUCAAUACUAAUUCCCAAGGUCUGGACGCAAAUGUGAUGCACUCAGCUAAUUGUCGCAAGUUUCUCUGGUCAUGCGCAAAACCAAUCUGUCAAUUGCACAACGCGAUGGAGGUGUUCAAAAAGUCCGCCAGCAAGCGGGCUUAA